UACUUCCUUCUUUUUGUUUCCGCCAUUUUGGUUUUCCACUCGCUCUAAUCGGAGAGGCUAGCGUGCACGCCUAGUUCCCUGGACACAUUUAAAACACACCACCUUGUGUUUGUGGACGUUCGGCGUGCAGCUUUAUGUCCUCACUAAUUUCAUAAACAGGAGUAGCGCUGUGUUUCCCGUAUAAACCAGGAAAAGCGCCACUUAGCAAGCUAGCUGUAAGCUGUGCAGUACCGGCUCUGGGAAGCACCACCACUGCCCGUAGCUCUGACACAGAUGAUCGGACUCUAAGUGAAGCCUGCGAUCGUCACAAGGAGCGAUGUAUCAACUCCCAGUGCACAACCUCACAAGAAUCAGAAAGGCCAGGAGAAAGGUCAAGUUGGCACUUGGAGACAUUGGCCUUGAAUUCUGCAAGGAGGCGUCGGAGGAUUUCAAGGAUUUCAGCCCAGAUGAUGAAACUCUAAAUGAGACGACCUUGCUAGAUGUCUGCGAGUGGGAUCCGUCUCUCACAAAAACCCAGGAAUACCGAUCGAAACCAUUUUGCUGCACUGAGUGCUCCUUUUCCUCCAAGUUCUACUCUGGCUACAAAAAUCAUUUUCGCAAUGUGCACAGGGAUUUUUUCGAGAGCACCAUUUUGCUCAACUGUCCGUACUGCACAUUCACUGCCAGCAAGAAAACAUUGGAGACGCAUGUCCGGAUUUUCCACUCGCAGCGACCAACAAAGGCAGGUUAUGGGGCUGCGCAGGGCGGUGUGGCGCCAAAGGACAAGGCAAACCCCGACAGAGCAGGCCCAAAAGCUGCUGGAGAGAAAGCUAUGUACUUUUGCAAAAAAUGCACAUUCCGGGACACUCUGUACAAUGUGGUGCGAAGACACAUCUACAGGGAACAUUUCAAACAUAUUGUCUCGCCGUAUCUUGGCAUGGCUACGAAGUCGAUGCUUGAAAAUGGCAAUCAAUUUAAUGGCAACAACAUCCUGUGUAAACGCUGCCAGUUUUCCACCCGAAAUUAUGAGGCCCUGGUACAACACGCUCUUGAGUAUCAUGAGCGUAUUGGUCCUCAAGUCAUAUCCGACAUGAUUGGACAUGCCAAUAUUCUGGCCAAAAAACAAAACCCAGCGAUCACGCAGAAGUCGUCUUUGCUGAUGAACAGGGGCCAAAAAACGAUUGUAGAGCAACAAGCACAACCAGUAAUAGGAUAUAUAAGACCUGUCCACCCUGUUAAAACCCAGUCGCCCAUCGCUGCUCAGAAGCAAGCGACGCUUCGUGUCAACAACAGUGCGCCGCGUCCAGGCACUGGCGUCAACACGUCGCAGACACAGAAGUGGAAGAUCUGUACGGUGUGCAAUGAGCUAUUUCCGGAAAACCUCUACAGCGCUCAUUUUGCGAAUGCACACAAGGCGAAGAAGGUGUGGGCGCUGGCUAAGUACAUCAUGAAAAUCCACAAUUUCACCAGCAAGUGCUUGGUGUGCAACCGAUAUCUACCCAGUGACACGCUGCUCAACCACAUGCUGAUACACGGGCUGACCUGUCCUCAGUGUCACUCUGCCUUCCACAGUGUCGAGAAGCUCAUCGAGCACGUGGGUCAGGCGCACACCACCGUCUUUGUCGAACCCGCCGGUGCAGCACCAUUAACCUUCGAUCUCACCUUGAAACAAGGCAAAUCCACCAACAUCCAGCUCCUUGUUCUCCCAUUUAACGUGAAGGACUCUGUCAAUGGCAAACCUCAGACUGCGCCCUAUCAGAACAGCGUCUCUCCUGUGGGCAAAGUCACAACAACUAUGAUGGAGAAAAUAGAACCCGUGAUCAAAAAUUUAAUGGUCCCUAAACCGAAGAACGACGUGGGCAAGACCUUGUGUCCGCUGUGCUUCAGCAUCCUCAAAGGACCGGUGUCUGAGGCCUUGGCCAUGCAUCUGCGGGAGCGUCACCAGGUCCUGCAAACAAUGCACCCUGUUGAGAAGAAGAUGACCUACAAGUGCAUCCACUGCUUGGGCGUUUACACCAGCAACAUGGUGGCGUCCACCAUCACGCUGCAUCUGGUGCAGUGCAGAGCUGUGGGAAGGAAACAGACAGGCCACACAUUGAAGUCUCCCUUUAGCCUCAGUUCACCGGAUGCUGGCAUUCUCAAGAGGCAGAUGCCGAUGCACAUGACCUCCAAUGCUAAGAGGUCAAAAUUCAGCAAGGUGUCCACGAAUUCCCCUGUGAAUAGUGGAAAACAGUCUGACUCUGUUAGCCUCGCGUUGGAUCCUAGUAGCCAUGAGCAGAAGCCUUAUCAGGCUAGAAAGGAUUUUCUAACAGCCUACUUCAACAAACGACCUUACCUCUCCUCUGCAGAAGAAGAGAAGCUCUCCGCCAGCCUGUUUCUGUGGAAGUCAGACAUUUGCGGCCACUUUGCCAACAAGAGGACACUUUGUCAGAGAAGAUGUGAAAGCUCUGAGGCGUCUGUUUUGCUGGGGUUUGACAUGGAAGCUCUUCAGAGCGUUAAGCACGACAUGGUUUUUCAGGCAGCACCUGUUGGAAACUCGAAUAGGAAAAGGGGUGGCCUGAAGUCUGGCACGCCUACUAGGCCUUGCAAGCAACGGAAGACUGCAAACUGUGUCAAAGCCCCCGUCGAAUGCACAGAGACCAUUUGCAUCGAGUCAGAUGGCGAACCAGAAUCUCCCACUAACGAUGAAGACAAGACCCAACUUGAGGAUGUUGAAUCCAAAGAAGCAACAGACUUGAUGGAUCUCACUGAAAAUACCAGCAUGGAUGAGCAGGAGAGCUCUUUGCAAGAUGGGAAAGAAAACGCUGUCGUAUCUCAGUGUUAGUGGCGGCGGUGAAACAUCUAAUCCCAGAAGUGUUAUAACAAGGCAACCCCUGCACGGAAGGCUACACCACUCAAAAUGAUCUCAUUUUGCGUCCAGAUGCUCACAGCCAAUGAACAGACACCCUGUGUGCCAUUGUAAAUAUUUCCUCUUUCAGUGGUCGAGCAGGACAGUUCUAUAAAUUGGUUCAUGGCUUCGAGUUCUGGUAUUGAAAAUAUGCUGAUUUGCCUGUUUGUUUACUACACAGUUAUUUGAAAAUAAAGAGUAAAGAAAUGACAGUUUCUGAAAACCUAUUGUCGAUUAUCAAAAGGGGACCUAACAGUUUGACUAUUGAGCGAAACCAACUUCUGGGCAUUUGGAAAACGUAAAUGCUAUGGUAUAAUUUUAUAUAUAAAUAUAUAAUAUACAUUUUUCCGUUAUGUUUAUUUUUUAUUUAUUUUUCAUUUGCAUUUUCCGCCCUUAUGUUUUUUUUUUUGUAGUUUUGUUUUUUAACCACACUCAUGUACUUACAUUUCAAUGAGUGUAUGACAUUUCACCAUGUACACAGUUUAAUAAUAAAAAACAGAAAUAAGGAGUUGUGUUCUCUGACUUGCAAAUCACGUGGUUAUCUUAGCCUAGCCUAUGCUUGUAGCUCUUAUUUUCAAUUUCGUAUUGUGUUUGUAAAAUAAUCCAUCCCACGCAUUAGUGUGGAUUCUCACAUUAGUUUAGUUUAGUUUUCAUUUGUUACACAAAUUGCAACUUUGCAGCCAUGAAAGUAAUGUAACUUUUUCUGGUGAACUGUGCACCAUGUCACAUUAGUGUGGUUUGCUUGUUUAUGUUUCAUACCCUCAACAUAUUUGUUGAAUUUCAUAUUUCAAACUGAUAACUGUUGACUUUAUAAAUGUGUAGACCUGUUUGUUUUUCGCGGAGAUUAUUGAAGUCAUGGAAAAUGAUGUUAAAAUGUCCUUCAAGUGUCGAGACUGUCAUUUUUAGUUUUGCCGAAAGAUGUCGCUGUGCGCUCAUGAAAGAAUGCGGGGUUUCGUUUCCGUUCCUCGAUGCGAGUGACAAUGAAUACCACAAAAUGGAAUACAGUUUUUGCUCCAUUCCGUUACAGUGAAUGACCGCGGUUCAUGUUCAUCAGUCAAUAGAUUAUAUAGGAAGUUUCCGUCAGUGGUUUGGGAUGUUGGUGAAACACGCUGCUGUGGCCCCCCGGCAGUCACGUGACACCAAGAGAAGACUGGACGAACGAUCGCCGACAGGCUCAUUGAUGCUUG